GCAGGAAAUUCGUUUGUGUUAGCGACGUAGCCGUGUGAAUUUUUCUCUUUCUUGUUGUUGCCACUGCCGGAAUCUCUCGUCUUCGGGUUGCCACCAUCUUAAAGUCGGCGCAAGAAAAAUGGCAACCACCAAACCAGAGCAGCCUGACGAAUCGCUGGAAGACUCGUCGGUGGAGGAAGAGGAGACCGAACAGAAGAUUCCCAACAAGUUCAUGGAUUUCUCAAAUGUGCUAGCGUCGCUCGAAAGUCAACGGAAUGCCGACAAGCUCGGCCAGGUACCGCCGGCAGUUAAACGAAGAAUCAAAGCACUGAAGAAACUCCAACUAGAGGCAACCAACAUCGAGGCUAAAUUCUUCGCUGAAGUACACGCUUUGGAAUGUAAAUACCACAAAUUGUACGUGCCAAUGUACGACAAGCGGCACACCAUCGUCACGGGCGGCUACGAGCCCACGGAGGAGGAGUCUCAAUGGCCUUCGGACGACGAGGACGAAAACCUGGGCAACCAACUAAAAAAUAAAGCGAAAAUCGACGAAGAGACCACCAAAACGCCUGAAAUCAUCCCAAAGAACCCAGAAAACAACACCGAUAAACCCGAUCCAUUGGGCAUCCCCAACUUCUGGUUGACGAUUUUCCAGAACGUCAACCUCCUGUCAGAGAUGAUUCAGCCCCCAGACGAGCCCAUCCUCAGCCAUUUGCAGGACAUUAAGGUCGAUUGCUCAGAAAAUCCCAUGAGUUUCACUCUCGCAUUCCACUUUUCCCCCAACCAAUACUUCACCAACACGGUAUUGACGAAGGAAUACUUCAUGAAAUGUGAACCUGAGGAGGAUGACCCCUUCAACUUUGAGGGCCCCGAGAUCUUCAAGUGCAAAGGUUGCACCAUCAACUGGAACAAAGGAAUGAAUGUGACGCUGAAAACCGUUAAGAAAAAGCAGAAGCAUAAGAGUCGCGGUGUCGUCCGCACGGUGACGAAAACUGUCCAGAAUGAUUCCUUCUUCAACUUUUUCGCCCCACCUGAGCUUCCCGAAAACGCGAAAGGGGAAGAUAUCGAUGACGAGUUGCGUCAGUUGUUAACUACCGAUUUUGAGAUUGGGCACUACAUUAGGGAAAGGAUUGUUCCUCGCGCUGUUUUGUUUUAUACUGGAGAAGCAAUAGAAGAUGAGGAUGAUGAUUAUGAAGACGAUGAUGAUCUGGAAGACACCACUGAGGAAAGCGACUCUGGUGAUGAGAAGGAUAACGACAAAGCGGCCAAGGAGGCAAAUUGUAAACAACAAUAAUUUUGGGUUGCUUUUAUACUGUCCCAUUAUUCUUCCUUGUAUUCCUAUUCAGCUUUUAAUUGUAUUUAUUUUUUGUGUCUAAAUUGUUAAAUUUGUUUGGAAAACCGAUUACAUUGUUGGCGAUAAAACGUUAUGAACCGUUAACAGCUCUAUUUCUUUUUGGAAAUUCAGCUUGGAUAAUUCGUUUUCCAAAUUUAUUGGUAAUAUUUUGCGGAAUAAAUUUUUUUAAACA